AACCAAACCGAAUCUUCUCUGAUGCAGUGAUUGCAGACGAUAAGAUUGACACGGUGGUUUGAGUAUCGAAUGGAAUGUUAUUAAACGACUAACAGAUAUUUCUUUUUUAUCAAUAUUUGAAUUUGAAUUUAAAAUCGAAAAAUGGAUUAAAAACAUUUUUCGCGAGUUGAUUUUGGUUUUUUGGAGGGCUUCGGUGGGGCUUUUGUGAAGGAAUGGCCGUGAUAUUAAACAGACGGAAAAGAUGCUCGUGAAAGAGUAUCGAAUUCCACUGCCCCUGACGGUUGAGGAGUAUAAGAUUGCCCAGCUCUAUAUGAUAGCUAAAAAAAGCCGUCAAGAGAGCAAAGGAGCUGGUAGUGGUGUCGAAAUACUUAUUAAUGAACCUUACUCUGAUGGACCUGGUGGCAGUGGACAAUAUACUCGUAAAAUUUAUCAUGUUGGAAGUCAUCUUCCAGGUACUAUUUGAUUAAUUUUGUAAAAGUUUGGUUCUUGUUUUUAUAUAUAUAUAUAUAUAUUAUNCUAUACUAAAACUCGUUACACCUCACCGUUUGUCGAAAAAUUCCUUCUAGAAAUUGAAACUAAAUAUUUUAAUGAUGGUGGACAGCAAGAAAACGUGUUUAAUCUUUCUGGUAGUGAUUUGAGAAAUCGAGUUGUUGAUUUAAUUGACGUUGUGAAAGACACGUCUUAUUCAUCAGAAUAUAUUCAAGAUGAAGAUCCCAAACUUUACGUGUCCUCAAAAACUAACAGAGGCCCUCUCUCUGAUGAGUGGCUUGAUGAAUAUUCGACUUCACAAACAAUUCAAGACAGCCCAAUUAUGUGUGCAUACAAGCUUUGCCGUGUGGAAUUCCGCUACUGGGGCAUGCAAACUAAAAUUGAAAAAUUUAUCCAUGAUUUUGCUCUUAGAAAAACAAUGUUCCGCGCCCACAGACAAGCUUGGGCUUGGCAAGAUGAAUGGUAUGGCCUUACAAUGGAUGAUAUUCGUCGGCUGGAACGAGAAACGCAAGAAGCGCUUGCGAAAAAAAUGAAUACCGACGAAGAUUCUCAACCAUCAGUUCAUCCUAGUCCAUCUGCUUGCUCUGGACAAGAAAUUGAUCUUAAUGCAAUUGAUAAAGACAAAGACAAUGAUUCUUGUGUGCAUUUGGAAGGAAGUCCAUCUCCAAAUAGACCUCGUAAACCUAGAAACCUGUCAGUUGCCAAUAUCGGGAAUGAUAACGCCCCAGCAGAAGAUGGUAGGCAAAAAUUGUGGUCAAGAAGUGGAUCUAGAACAGCCCUUUGUUCUCCUAGUGGAAGUUCAAAUGCAAGUUUCGAUCUUCAAGUAGCAGCCAACUGGCGAAUGGAAAGCAUCGUGAGAGAUUCAGAAAGUAGUUCGGACGAGGAAUUUUUCGAUGCCGAAGAAAAUAUAAUGAUGGAAGCGUUUACCUUAGCUCGAUGGAACUCAAUGGACAUGAUACCUGACGAUGACGAAAAAGAUCAAAAUGCACCUGACAUGCCUGAUUUUCGAGAUGAUAGCAUAUUUUCCAACACUUUCAUUAAGAAGGUUCAGUCUGAACAUGCCAAUGUCAGAAAUCCUAGUGUUGGAUCCGCUUCUGCUGCAACUCGUACUAGCUUGGAUACCUCAUUGCCCUCCACGCCCACUGCUUCACCUGCCCAUCAGUCUUCAUGUACAACCACCAUUUUAGUCAUGGUUAUGCAUGCUGGUAGCGUGCUAGAUUCUGGUAUCGAACCUACGGCUAACAAGAAGACUGAUGUAAAUACUUUUGCUAGUUCUUUUGAGGCUGUAAUGCGACAACAUUAUCCUACAUUAUUAGGGCAUUUGAGUGUGCGUCUUGUAUCAUGUGCUGCUGUGUGCUCAGAAGCUCUUGCAGUCUUAUCAAAAGUAAAUCGUUUACUGUCUGCACCCAACACAAGACGACAUAGUUCAGCCUCCAACGACCCUAAUUCUAAUCUCAAAUUAGAUUUCGAAGUUAGUGAUUUCUUCAUGUUUGGCAGUCCUUUGGGUACAGUUCUUGCUUACAGAAAAAUGCUCACCUUUGAUGACAAAAAUAGUCCUCCUUUAAGACCGUCCUGCAAUCAAGUUUAUAAUUUGUUUCAUCCUACAAAUCCAUGUGCUUCUCGUAUUGAACCCCUGCUCAGUGCACGAUUUGCUCAGUUGUCCCCGAUAAAUGUACCUAGAUAUCAAAAAUAUCCAUUAGGAGAUGGUCAGCCUUUACAUUUAUUGGAAUACAUUCAAUCUUACCCUCAUCUUUUCAUGGAAAAUCAUGCUGUUAGGCGAACAAGUGAAGCCAGCAUUGUAAGCACAAUGUCAGGAAUGAUUGAUAUGGUACCAAUUACAACAGUUGCUUCAUUAACUCAAAGAUGGUGGGGUUCAAAAAGAACAGACUAUGCUCUCUAUUGUCCAGAAGGUCUGUCAAAUUUUCCAACCAAUGCACUUCCACAUUUAUUUCAUGCCAGCUACUGGGAGUCUAAUGAUGUGAUAGCUUUUAUUUUAAGACAGCUUAUGCGUUCUGAUGGCCUAUCUAUUCCGGGGGAGUCUGAGAAAGAAGUAGCUGCUUUUAUCCCAACUCAACCUCGUGAAAAAUGGCUGAAGAAGAGGACAUCAGUGAAGCUUAAAAAUGUCACUGCUAACCACAGAGCUAAUGAUGUUAUUGUAAAAGAAGGAUCACCUCAAACCAUAAGUGGACGCUUCAUGUAUGGGCCGCUAGAUAUGGUUACAUUAGCAGGCGAAAGGGUGGAUAUUCAUCUCAUGAAAGAUCAACGUCGUGGUGAGUGGACCUAUUUCUCAACUGAAGUAACUGACAAAAAUGGCAGAUUAUCAUAUACUGUACCAAAAGAAAAAGCUUUAGGCUUUGGCAUGCACCCGGUGAAAUUAGUUGUCCGUGGUGACCACACUUCCUUGGAUUUUUUCUUAACAGUAAUUCCUCCUAAAACUGAGUGUGUUAUAUUUAGUAUUGAUGGUUCUUUUACUGCAAGUGUGUCCGUAACAGGUAGAGAUCCUAAAGUGAGAGCUGGAGCUGUUGAUGUUGUGAGGCAUUGGCAAGAUCUUGGUUACUUAAUUAUUUACAUUACUGGUCGUCCAGAUAUGCAGCAACGUCGUGUGAUGUCUUGGCUAUCUCAGCAUAACUUUCCCUUGGGUUUAGUAUACUUUGCAGAUGGCAUAACCAGAGAUCCGCUUGGACACAAAGCAGAUUAUAUUAGACACCUUCAAAAUGAUUCAGAAAUAGUUGUUCAUUGUGGCUAUGGCUCGAGUAAAGAUAUAUCUAUGUACGGUUCUGUGGGCUUGAAACCGGAGCAAAUUUAUGUUGUUGGAAAAGCUUCAAAGAAGCAGCAUCAAGCAGCUAAGGUAUUAGUUGAUGGUUAUGCUGCUCAUCUUUCUGAUUUGAAGUCUCCAGGAUCUUCCAGACCAGCGCAGGGAAAUGCACGAAUGAUAUUGUUUCGUGGGUGUUUUGGAUUGCCGGGGCAAACGGGCUCUACUAUACGACAGCGCAGAUCGGCAAAAAGAACAACUUCUUUUCCUCUUUCUGGGCAAAGUCAAGAAUUGCGAGCAGCAAUGGACAAGUCUAGUGAUAACAGGGCUUCUGAAGGAUUGAGGCAAUAAUACUAGAAAAUCAAAGGGUAUAAUUUUCUUGUUUCAUUUUGUAUUAUAAGACCUGUAUAUUGGCAUUAUUAAAAAGUAAUGCUUCUUUCACCUUCAUGAUCAUGCUGUAAUGUCACUGUGAAAAUCUAUGCUGUUAGCUUUGUGCUACUACAAAUAUAAUUAGAGGAUUUUCCAUUGUGUAAAUGUCAGCACCGAUUAACUAUCCUCAUUAUUUAAUUUUUUAUACACCCAUUCCUGACUGUUGAUAUUUUUUUAAAACAAAAUACAGCAUUGUCACCUAGUCAUAUAUAAUGUAUGUAUUUCUGCUUAGUCAGCUGGUUCUCAUUAUGUAAAUUAUGUAUAAAAUGUAAAUAUUUGCUUGUAAUAUAAAUGUCAGCAAUUUACAGAAAUAUGUUUCUUUUAAACGACUGGAAAUUUAUUUAUAAAAAUUGUAGAAUACUCACACCCACAAUCAUUGCUUCUAUGUCACUUACUACUUUUUAUACAAUGAAAUACUUUGUAGCCUAUUUUUGUCUAUGUGUACAAUAUUUGAAAAGAUUAUACAAAUUUUAUUGUUUAUUAAUAUUGUUAAACAAAACGUUACUAUAAAUUAUCAAGAAUAAUAAUAAUAAAAAAAAGAAUCUAAAAGAAACUUUUUAAGCUCAGAAAUAAAAAUAAUAUAAAUAAAUUUAUUUUCAGUAAAAGUUGUGAUAAGAAUUAUUAAAAAUACUUUUGUUGUAAUUUCACCGUCCAGAUUUGAGCUACUUUCUUUUUUAGAAGAAUAACUAAAAUAUUUUUCUGGUAAAAGAAAAAGUGCAUGAAGUUUUAUCAUGAAAUAAUUACCCAUAACUUUUAUGAGUUCUUGUAAUAUCCAAUUCAUAUAAUUAAGAAUUAACUAAUUUACAGUCAAUUGUCUUCUAAUAAAGAAACAAAAGUUGAUUUUUGAUUUAAAUGUAAAAGAGCAUUUUGUUGCAUUAAUAUACAAUUAGGUAUCAGGUACUUAGUAUGAAUCAUAAAAAGCUAUUAUAAAGCAUACUUAUUUUAUAAUAAAUGUUAAAAUACAAAACAAUUUAAUUUUUAAAAUUUAUGGCGCAUAAAGUUGAAAUGUAACAUAUUCUAUAAAUGUUAUAAAUAUUUGAUGGCUGAGUCAAUUUUACCUUUACCUAUUGUUUAAAAGAAACAAUAUAUUUGAAUACAAGUAAUGUCAAUGUAGAAACAUUUUUUUCAGAAAAUUGUUUGCCCUGCUCAAUAAAAAUUAUUAAGGCUAACCUAUGCAUUUUAAGGUUAAAAAGUUUGUUUAUAUAGCUUAAAUUUUUGUAAUUGGAAAAGAAGAAAUCUGUGAUCAAAAAAUUUAAAUGAAUCUAUGUAAAGAAAACUUGUUUUAAGCUUAUGCAUUGUUACUAGUCAAAAGAUGUUCCUGUCAUAUUUGUGUGGAAAUAAUUUCAAGUAGAUGUAAAAUUUUUUAAAGCAAUAAGUUUCUGUGUACUCUAUGUGAAAAAAAUACAGGCAGGUCAAUGUUAUUUGUAUAGAAACAACCACUACAACUUUCACUAUUUUCCCUUACCACUUUUGAGAUUAACACUUAUUCUGAAAAUUGAACAAAAAUGCAAUGGAGGUAAAUCACCACUUGAUAUUUUCUUAGCAAAAUUAAAUGUUUAAAAAAAUAUGCCUAUUUCUUUUACAUAGAGUAUAUGAUACACAUAGGUUUUAGUUCAAAAUAAGGUUAUUUAAAAUUUAACAUUUAUAAAAAUUUCUUUAAAAUAAAUGUAUGAUAUAGAAAUGUGCUAUUUCUGCUCUUUCUUACAUAUCUGUAAAAGGUUUAAUUUCAAAUGAAUUUUUUUAGAUAACUCUCCAUGUUUUAAAUACUUAAAUCAUACAAUUUCAACUUAAGUGUUCACAUUUGUUGUAGUCUAAAAUAAUAAAAAUUUGUAUUUAUGUUCUUAAAGUGUAAAUAAAACACAUAUUCUGCAAUAAAA